CAUGUUUUUUAAAUUGGAAAAAGGGUGCUACAAGUAUGGAAGCCGAUGCUGUUGGUGAUGGUUUUAAACAGAGUUUAGAAAUGCAUGGUCUAAAAUACAAUAAACUAAUAGGAGACGGAGACUCAAGCGUUACAAAAAGACUAAAUGACAUAAUGCCUUAUGGCCCUAGGCUACCAGUAAUAAAAAUAGAAUGUCGGAACCAUUUAUUGCGAAAUUAUGGAACAAAAUUAAAAGCUUUGACGUUAAAUCCUAAGUACCCGAUUGGGUUAAGAAAUCACUUAAAAUCAAAUAUGAUACGCUUUAGGGUUGCAAUAACUAAGGCAAUUGAAUACCGCAGUGGUUUACAGGGACUAACAGAUUACCAAAAAUCAGUUGGACUACGGCGAGAUAUAAAUAACAGUUUUCGACACAUUAUGGGUGCCCAUGAUCAAUGUGAGGAAUACUAUUGUAUUAGACCGCGACCAGUCAAUGAAGGAAAUUUGAUCAAAGACGCCGAGAAUUCAGGGAUUUUGAACGAUAUAUCCCAAAUAGUAUCUCGUUUAGUUGCAAAUGUUGAUAGUUUACUGAUGAAUGUUGACAAUAACGUGUGUGAACAAUUCAACAGUAUAAUUAAUAAACAUUUAGCGGGUAAACGAAUAAAUUUUUCACAAAGAAAUUCUUAUAAUUCUCGAGUUGAAGCAGCGGUUAUAUCAUGCAACUCAGGUGGACAAUUUCUUCGGUUGAUGCAUAAAAAUAUAAUGGAAGACAUAAGUUCAGGAGAAAUCGGAAAAAAAUUCCUUAGAUCGAGUGAAAAAAAAAGAUCCCAGCCCAAAUCUAAAAAACUUCUUUUCUCUGGAAAUUCAGAAAAAAAGCGUAAUAAUGGCCCGGAUCAACAUUAUGGUUUAGCUGAACCAUUACCAGAAGAUAAUAUUCCAAAAGAAGUAUUAGAAAAAACAAAAGAAGAUUUUAUAAAUGCAUUACAGUUGGACAGACGUGAACGGUUAGCCAUUGAAGAACAAACAAGGGAACAGGCUAACUCACAAAUUUGGCACGUUGAACGUAGAAAUCGACUCACAGCGUCAAAUUUUGGUGGCGUUUGUAAGCUUCGGAAAACUACGUCGUGCAAAAAUACUGUAUAUAGUUUGCUAUAUAGGACAUUUUCUUCGAAAGCAACAGAUUAUGGAAAAGCCACGGAACCACAAGCUAUUGUCGCAUUGGAAAAAACAAUUAAUUGCAAAGUGAAUAAAUGUGGACUUAUUAUUGAUGAACAUUUUCCUUAUUUAGCAGCUUCUCCUGAUGGUCUUGUCAAUAAUGAUUUUAUAGUUGAAAUUAAAUGUCCAUUUGGAGUAAAAGACACUAAGACAUUUUUAGAAGCUAUAAAUAGUAAAAAA